AAAAACGCAAAGCACGACUUUACGCCUGCCGAGGCAGCCACAAAACCCUUCUUGACAGCCACAUGCACCAAUAACUGCAACUGCUGGCGUUCAAAAUGCAAAGGAGCGCUCCGGUGUUGCUAUUGUGCGCUGCACACGCGCUGAGCUCAUCGCAUGGCCGCGCAUCGACCUGGCCGAGCAUGGCAAGCGUGAACGAGGUCGGCUACGCCUCGUUCAACUACUGCGCCCCAGACGUGACGGCAGUCUCGACCCGUAGAGACGGCGCCGGCUCCGACGGAGAAUUGGAGGGUGCGGCGUGGUCGCCGACGACGGUACGCAUACUUGACGGUCGAGGGCGACCGUGGUCGCUGGAAAAAAACGGCUUUCGACUCGUCGAGGCCCCGAUCGAUGCGGAUCUUGACCUCUACGACGACGCUGCGGUCACCGGACGGUAUUACGGCAUGUGCGAAGCCUUGGUGGCUGAGCAGUGCCCGGGCGCGACCGUGCGCGCGUUCGACCACAACGUGCGCUGCGAGGAGGGCAAGGCCUCGGGCCGCAAGCUCAAGGGCGGCAGCAACGUCCAGGCGCCCGCCGGAAUCGUGCAUGGCGAUUAUACCGCCGCGUCGGCGCCGCGCCGCCUCGCGCAACUCUCCGAAGCGCCGAAGACGAACGACGCUCUCAACAAGCCGCCACUCGACGGUGUCGACGCGACCGGCCGGCGCUUCGCGUUCGUGAACGUCUGGCGGCCGAUAAGCGAAGUCAAAUCUACGCCUCUGGCGUGUUGCGACGCGGCGACGGUCCGAGACGACCGCGACCUCUUGACGUUCCAGAUCUACUAUGAGGAUAGAGUUGGGGAGAACUACUUUGCGAGGCAUCAUGAGCGCCACGCGUGGUACUAUUUUCCUCGAAUGAAAAGAGAAGAGGCAUUGUUGAUCCAGCAGUGGGACUCGAAAACAGACGCCGCCAAGUUUGCGCUCCACAGCGCCUUCGCGGACCCAGCGAGCCCACCCGACGCGCCGGCGCGCGAGAGUAUCGAGGUGCGACUCGUUGUCGUUUACUAGUUGUGAUAAAUGUGUUAACAAACAG